GUCAUGUUCUUCAAAUGCAUCCGGAUCGGAUGUCUUGGCUUGAGAGAGUGCUUGAGAAUGUCACCAUGUGUGGACUCUGUCUGGAGUCAGUGAGUUUGCUUGAGAGUUUGAGAAGUGCAAAGUCUACACACUACAGUAGAAAGUGGAGAGCGUGGUGGUCAAGCUUGAGCCUCAAGUUGAGGGAGGUCCCUCAGCUUGAGAAUGAGCUCUCCUGGAAAUGCGCCUUCGGGGAAAGUCAAGCGCUUUCGGACCAAGUUCUCUGAUACCCAGCUGUCGACCCUGAAGGAUUUUUACGGGCAUGAUAAUCACCCGAGGCGGACGGAGUUGGAGGACCUCGCCAGCCGACUGGACUUGGAGUACUCAGUGGUGAAACAGUGGUUUGACAACAAACGCCAUCGUGAUCGACCCAGUUCAAAUGGUAGUAGCCAGUCAUCGCAUACGCCGGGCGGAUCUGGACGUGGUGUGCCCAGAGGCAAUGGACGUGAUCCUCAGCAACAGCGCUCGCCGCAAUUCCCUCCUGUGUUCCACGGUCGCCAUCAAGCCAGUGGCGGACGUGCUAGCUCGUCAAGUGCUGCUGCAGCUGCUGGCGGUGGGAGUAGUAACCAGAGCUAUAAGGGAGAGGAUGAGCUGGACUGUUAUCCGCCAGCGAAACGAGACUACCCAUCGCAGCUGGAUUACACAUCCCCUUUGGCAAGCUAUGGUGGCGGUGGUGACAGCUCAGCCGUAACCAGCAGUGCCAGCAGUCCGGUGAUGAUGGCCCAUGGGACCAGCUGCAGUUCAGUCAUGGGCACAGUUGAACAUUUGACUGCAGUAGCAACGGACGUGGCGUACCCCAUCCACACAACCCUGUCCAGUACGGGCCCCAAACGAGUGCCCAUCGACAAGAUGGCUCUGAAGACAGAGGGCAAACGCACUCCGCAUCUCCAACAACCGACCUAUUUCCAACGCCUGGACUCUGAGCCCAUGGAGUACUAUGAGGAGGCUAACGAGGUGCUGCACCCAAUGCCCCGGAAUACGUCGUACGACAAGAAGGACUUCAUCGGAACGCUGAUGCCGCAGUUCCUCUCGUUGAUCGAACGGCGGAAGUCGGCACAUGGCGAAGUCGACUACCCGUCCUUUGUGGUCGAGGCACAGAAGCUUCUUGAAAGCCUGACGUACAUCAGUGAAACACGAAUAGAGCAAGGCAACAACAUUGAGCGGAACAAUACAUUCAAAUGUGGCUCAAUUAGCUUUCCAGCGAGACCCCCGGAGUCGCGAGAUAUUCAGGCAGAAGCCAACUCCAAGCUUCAAAGUGUAGAGAUUUCCUAUUUGCACGAGGCGAAAGAAGAGGGAACCGUCGAGACCAGCGGCCGUCAGAUUGCAACACAGCGCCUGAUCAUGUGCCACUUUGACGAUACCCAAUCGUUGGUGUGCGAGGUUGGCAUCAAAGCUCGGGGAACUUCCAUAUCGCUGGAUCCCAUAUGUCAAUGUCAGUCUGAUGUGUUUCCUCAGCAUCCGAACAGAAUCCACAACUUGGGAGACACGUGUACAACAUAUCGGGCAUGGGGUAACGUUGACAAACUGCGUUCCGUGAUCGACACGAAUCUGAACAGCCGAGAGCUGCUCAGCUUUCUCAUUUUUAUCAUCAGCCCUCUGCUGCAUGGUGCCCACUGGAUGAACAUCUGCAUGCGACAGUUCUUUCCGGCCGGCACUCCGCACUACUAUGACGUUGUGGAGGGUCUGACGUAGUGGAGGUACUACAAUUCCGUGGGGUCUGACGUAGUGGAGGUACAAUUCCGUGGUAUACGACGUGCUGAGCUGUUUACCUCGGUCCCUCCACCACAUUCCUCAUCAGCUCUCGUUCACUGCUGUGGCUGACAACGUGGCUAAGACCUGUGUUCUAGAUAAUUCACUGGAGUGAUGUAGGCACAGUGCCACAUGCAUGGUUUUGCAUACCAUGCUCAUAAGGCAAGGCGAGUUCUUGCCGUUUGAAGACUGGUGAGAUGAUGUUGGGUUGUGUUCCUCUUGCACCGAUUUCCGUUGCUCUCUGUCAACCCGCAGAUGCGCAACAGGCUCCGGGCCGUGGCUUCAGGCACGACCAGUGCAUGGUCUGUCCUUGUGCACGUGCACACGUGUGUCUGGCUCUCUGGAGUGCUGCUGAUCAGAUAGUAGCUAAUAGCACGGCAUCGGUGCCGUGUGCAAGUUAACUUAUUCAAAACUUUCUGUAUUGUUACGUGGGGUGAUCUUGCUGGACAGGUUAUGCUCUGUGUGUGAGUUUGUACUUGUGCUUGUGUGUGUGUGUGUGUGUGUGUGUGUGUGUGUGUGUGUGUGUGUGUGUGUGUGUGUGUGUGUGUGUGUGUGUGUGUGUGUGUGUACGUACAUGGUGUGUACAUGGUGUGUGUGUGUACAUGGUGUGUACAUGGUGUGUACAUGAUGACAGAUGUGUGUGUGUGUGUGCUUGUGCACGUGUGCGUGUCACUGUGUGCGAAGAGCAUUAUUGUGUUGCACCGUGCAAAGAUUACUGCGCCGAGAUGAGCCAAGCCGGGGUUAUGUCUGGUUUGACAGUGACCCGACACGAGCUGUGAUCGACAUGCACUAUUAUUUACCGAUUCAAUAGUUAUUUCGAUAUCUAUUUCUAUUGAUUUUUCGACACUGCACCUACUUUAACAAUUAAGGUAACAGCUCUCCUUUUUAGCAGUUUUGUAACUUCCUGAUCAAGCCAAAGUAUUGUUCUGUUUUUAGUACAAGUGAAGAAACUUUUUUGUCUGGA